CUUCCUCUAACUUUUUCCCGUGCAUUUGAACCUCCUACUGUCCUGCCUGUCCUUUCUGGUGAGCCUUCCUCCAACUUUACACUCCUCUUUUGUUAGGGUUUCAUUCCUUAAGCCUAGCAGUUGUAACUACGGUUACACACUGAAUCCCGAAGAGAUUUAGGUGUAUGCCAAUAUUCUUUAUGAUUUUGUUAAAUACUGCUUUAAUAGUUGCAUUUGUCAAGCUUUGUCGACGCCAGAUCUACACACGUCAUAAUCUUUAAUUUCGUCAACAGUAUGAACUUCGACGUUCCUAUGACGCCUUUUGCCGAUCCUGACCCUUACCUGGAGGAUCUAUCUAUUCUGAAGAUUCUAAUUUCCCAUGUCCAGUUGACUAAAAUUCUCGAGCCUGGUCUUACUUAACUUGCUCCUUGGAUGAAAAUUUUACUUACCAUGAAUAAACUUCCAUUGCUUCCCGAGGAUGAAGAAGACCCAAGGAGAUCCAAACUUACAUCUUAUCCAAUAAAUGAUGAAAUGAUCCUCUGAUUAUAAAUCUUUACUUUACCUAUUAUCUGGCGAAUUGAAAAAUUCAUUUCAGAAUGUCUGCACAGAAUGGUCGCCAACACUAGAGUUACUUUAAAUUGAUACUUGGACUUCAUUACCAUUAAACAAUUUUGGAUCAUAAAUAAACUUCAGUUUAACUUGGAACUAGCAAAAUCUAAUCAGUAUCUUGAUGAAUAAAAUCAAAGCAUGCAGUGUUGUAAUGCAAAAUAUCUCUGGUGCAAAGUCAACAGCAGCUGGCACGGUGAGCGGAGCAUCACCCAAAUGCCCUCUGAUUCUUGCAAAGUUGAAUCUGAUGUUACAGAGGCCAGUGACUCACCUCCCCCCCAAAAAACGGAGGCAGUUUACAUCAAGGAGGAACCUGAAGAAGGAGAGGACAUAACUGUGAAAGAGGAACCAAUUGACAGUAAUGAAAAUGAGGGCGUGAGAAGUGGACAGCCCGCUCCCAAGGGUGCCUCUGACAACGCUGCUGGGAGCGUUGUCUCUGCAGCGUACUGCUCCCAGCACGGCCCCAACAGGUUUGGGUGUUCCCAGGGUGGAUUUGUUGAGGCCGAAGCUGCAGCCCAACUGCAGCAGUGCCUCGCAGAUGAGCAGGCAACCGCAACGCCACUCUCGUGGACGGCAACUUCAGUGCAGCAACUUACGCAACACGUCCGUGCAGAACAUAAAGAACUAUAUCAAUGUUUUGACUGUGAAUGUACCAGCUCCAGCGAAGGAUAUCUCAGAUACCAUAUACUUUUUCAGCACCCCUCGCAGAAACCAUUUAGAUGUUUGGAAUGUGAUUAUUCUUGUGUCAUAAGAAGAGAUCUGCGAAGGCAUGUACUAUCCACGCAUUCAUCUGCGAGACCUUAUAGCUGCUCGGCAUGUCAAUAUUCAGGCAUCACGGAAAGCGAUCUAAAACGGCAUGUACUGGCCAAUCAUCCAUCCGAGAAACCAUUUAGAUGCUCGGAAUGUGAAUGUUCUUGUGUCACUGAAAACGAUCUGCGAAGGCAUGUUCCAUACAAGCAUUCACCCGGAAGACCUUUUAUUUGCACCGAAUGUGAAUAUACUGGCGUCACUAAAAGUAAUCUACAAAGGCAUGUUUUAUCCAAGCAUUCGUCUGAAAAACCUUUUAACUGCUCGCAGUGCUCAUAUUCUUGCAUCCAAAGACAAAGGCUAGUCCGACACGUGCAAUCCAAACAUUCCAAGUCCAACUCCUCGCCUCUGAAUGUAUAA